ACUCCCCCGGUCGGCAGCUGUUGAUAUAUCCAUGUUCAAGUACGGGGUUCUGGUUUGCGUGUGGAUCAUAUAGCUGCAACAAGGAAUAUGUCACAGCAGAAUCCGACUCUGGGCACCUCGUCUGUAGAAGACAAGGUGCAGGCAGCAAGCGCGGCGGACCAGCAUCUACCUCCUGCCAAUGCACCUCAAGAACAAGCAACACACAAUACGGCGCACGCUUCAGAUUCAACUUCUAGCGUCGCAGAGCCGAGAGGAACUACUCCUAGUGUUCCACGGAUCCCGAAGCUGUCCCCUUCUACAGCAGAACUCCUUACACGGAUAAACGCUAAUAACCUCGGAGAUAUCAGAGACACUUCGAAUGCUCUGGGGCAGAACCCGGUUUGGCACACUCCGUCUCCUUCAUCAAUCAGUGGUGAUAAUACAGGUCUAAAUACCAAGCCAGACGGUAUGAGGGUCUCUUCGGCGAUCAUAUCGCUGCCUACACCCCCUUUUACUGGUCCCGCUUCUCAGCCGGCAUCCAGUGUACCUCAAAAGACAACUCUCUUACCACAGAACAUCGCACCAAAAGGAGGGCUUGUUGCCAUUGCACCAAAGCCUCAGGCGCCAGUAGCGACGCCGUUGCGAACACCACCAGUGGCUCCUGGUGCUCUUGUCCAAUCAGCUGGAAUAUCCACUAAGAAGACGCAAAGAGCAACAGCGUCCCCUAGUCAGCGCAGAAAAGUUACAAACAGCGCCAAAGGUUCAAAGAAGCGGCGGCGAAAUCAUGGCAGUGAUGAAGAAGUUAUCAAAGCGGGAGAUUCCAGCUCAGACGAGUCUACUGACUUCACGCCAGUCGCAACGCAAACAAAGUCUGGCCGUCAGGUACAUCGUCCUUCUUUAUACGUGCCGCCGUCGAAUCCCGCUGCUAUUCCAAAGCCAAACAAAGAGUCGCCCAAUGCGGCAGAUGGUCUGGUUUCCCAGAACACUCCAGUUAAGAAGCGAAGACGUGUCUAUCGCAAAGGAAAGGAUAUGAAUGUCAACUGCAUCCAUUGCCAGAGGGGCCACGGCCCGUCGACCAAUAUGAUCGUAUUCUGCGACGAAUGCAAUAGGGCCUGGCAUCAGUUCUGCCAUGAUCCGCCGAUUGAAAAUGAUGUGAUAACGGUAAAGGAAGCGGAGUGGUUUUGUCACGAAUGCAGGCCGACCCAACGUCCAGCUGAUGAGGUCUCUACGAACACUAUUCAUUCUGAAUGGCCUUCCUCGCACAUCACAAGUGCGCUUCCACCAACUGAAGUUGGAGGAGAACAGUUCUCUUCGGUUGAGAAACGAGCAUAUCUAUCCAGUCUCUCACAUGCAGGACUCGUCAACCUGCUCAUGACUAUUUCGGAUCGCAAUCCUGCUUUGCCUAUGUUCCCAUCGAAUCUGAAAGCUCUGUCAGCGUCAAGGCUCGUUUCUUCUCAAAUGCCGGCAGGGACAUUUGCUAGUUCAGCGUCUCCAGCCCCGGCCUCCGAACCACUGGUGACUACUGCUAUACGACAGAGUACCGCCGGUAGUGCGGAUAUUCCACCUACUGGUCAAUCGACAACAGCCUCUACUCGGGAGAGAGACGAUGACGAGUCUUCCGAAUCGUCCGAAUACGAAGUAGAAGAACACCGACUCUAUCCACGAGCUGGCAAUGGUUUCCGCAUACCUAUGACGCCUGAAGACCUUGACAUGUUGCUCGACGAUCCUGCCUGUCCGACAUUCAGCUACGCCCUCCACGGACCGGCAAAGGCAAAGGCAGAAAUGGCAGGAAUGGUAGCUGUUAGCGGGAGUGCGUGAUAAGACCUUCUGAGCUCCAGGUUAUCACAAGCCGCCGGGCUAGCUCAAUCGGUAGAGCGUGCGGCUCUUAAAAUCCACACUUCGUGGUCACCGCAAGGCUGCGGGUUCGACCCCCGCGUUCGGCUC